AUGACGAAGCUCGCUCUCGUAGCUGAAGAGAAGCUCGCAUACAGUGAAAAGGAAGCCGCUCGACUCACCGCUAAACUGGACCGGGUCAAUGGACAAGUAAGUGCGUUGGAGACGGCGGCUAGUCAGGCAACGAUUCAGCACGAUGUCACCGUCGGCAAGAUUCAGCAAGACCUGCUCCAAUCACGUGCUGAAGCCGAAGGUGAAAAAGAGCGAGGGAAGUUGCUGGUGGACCUCAUGCGAGAGACGUACUCCAUGGCGGCUGGCGUUAUCGCUAACGCGGGGACCCUGGGCGACCAACUGGUAAACUGCUGCUCUGAACUUGGGACGGCCGAUGGGACGCUCAAGGAAAUGCGCCAAUACCAGGCACAGGAGUUAGUUCCAUUCCUGCCUGGGGCGAAUCCGGAUCAACUACGCGACGAAGUGCGGAAAAAUGGCGAGAUCCUCAUCAAACGAAAGUCGGAGGGGCAGGUCCAAGAAGCGACGACCCAGGACAUGGAACAGUGA